AUGGGAACCACGCCGGGGUACAUUUCCUGCAUCUCCUCCUGGUUUAGUCGUACAGAUGUUGUUACAGUGACACCAUGGUUGGCUCCAAUUGUGUGGGAAGGCACAUUUGACACAAACAUCCUUGAUGCCAUCUACAAGCCACAGAACAUCACUGUGGCCACCACAGUGUUUGCAAUGGGGAAAUAUAUACAGUUCUUAAAGGACUUCCUGGAGACAGCAGAGAAGUACUACAUGGUGGGUUACCGUGUGCGUUAUUUCAUUUUCACUGACAGCCCAGAGGAAGUUCCUGUGGUUCCACUUGGUGCAGACCGUAGUUUGACUAUAAUUACAGCUCCAAGCUUAAACCGCUGGCAGGACAUCUCAUUAGGCAGGAUGUUGAGGCUUGAGCAGCUCAUUGAAAGCCAGCUGGCCAAUGAAGUCGAAUACAUCUUCAGCUUGGAUGUGGAUACAAAAUUUCAUGGUCACUGGGGGGCAGAGACCCUUGAUAGUCUUGUUGCUGCAGUGCAUCAUUCUUUUUACAACUACCCACGUGACCAGUUCACAUAUGAACGACGGCCUAAAUCACAAGCCUACAUCCCAUAUGGACAGGGGGAUUAUUACUACUGUGCUGCCAUGGUUGGAGGCCAGGUGGAGCAGGUGUACAAACUUGUUAAAACCUGCCGGAUACAACUGAAUAUCGACAAGGCCAAUUCCAUUGAAGCUGUAUGGCAGGAGGAGUCGCACUUCAACCAUUACUUGCUGUACAACAAGCCCACCAAGGUGCUGUCUCCUGAAUACAUGUGGAUUGAUCUGUACAAGCAAGCCAGUGUAUUGAAAGUCAUUCGUUACUCACAUGUCUUGAAAAAGAAUAAUGAGGUACGGCCUAAUUAG